CCAUGGUUAGGACACCAAACCAGGGGAGGUGGCGAAACGCCGGCCGACAGAAGAUUGACAUCUAGAAGAUCGACGGAAAAAGCAAUCUCCAAGUUGCUUUCUCGAAGCGCCGGGCAGGAAUGUUCAAGAAAGCCGGCGAGCUCUGCGUCCUCUGCGGCGUCCAAAUCGCCGUCAUCGCCAAGUCUCCCGGCAACAAGUUCUUCUCGUUUGGGCAUCCCAGCGUCGACGCCGUCGUCGACCAGUACCUCGCAGGAGACCCGCCGCCGCCAACCUUCCCAGGGAUGAGUACAACCGGAGCUACGCGGCGGCGUGUAAGGAGUUGGAGGAGGAGAGAAAGAAGGCGGCCGCCGUUGAGGAAGCGAACGCGGUGGUCUACGGCGGCCGGGGGGGGGUUCUGGUGGGAGGCGGCUAUUGACGGAUUGGGGUUGGAGGAAUUGGAGCAGUUCCAAGCAUCAUUGACGGAGCUGAAGGAGAAUUUGAAUGCCAGGGAGACGGCGCUGCUGACCGGCGACGAGAACUUCUUGCCUUUGUCAAACCUUUGAAGGUCUUUCGGGUAGCCGAAACUAACAUCCUAGCAUCCGAAAGCGGG